AUGGAGAUGGUCCACAAAGGGGAAAUUUACUUGAAGGAGAGGGUGAGGGAAGCCAGAAGAAGGGAGCUUUGUUCCUUUGCAAUAGAAUCUUUACCUAAGGAAGUUAGGGAAUCCAAAAUGAAUACACCUGAAGAAAUCUUUCUGAAGGACUACAAGUCCCCUGACUACUACUUCGACACGGUGGAUUUGAAUUUUUCAUUGGGUGAGGAGAAAACAAUUGUUGCUUCUAAAAACUGUUUCCCCAGGGUUGAAGGUUCUCCUUCUCCUUUGAUUUUGGAUGGGGUAGUACUAAAGCUAAUUUCAGUCAAGGUCAAUGGCAAGGAACUGAAGGAGGGAGCUUAUAUCCUGGACUCAUGCCAUUUGAAACUUCCAUCACUGCCAGGUAACAAAUUUACUUUGGAAAUUGAUACUGAGAUACAACCUCAGAAGAAUACAUUACUGGAGGGGCUUUACAAGUCAUCUGGGAAUUUCUGUACACAAUGUGAAUCAGAGGGUUUCCGGAAAAUCACAUUUUAUCAGGACCAUCCUGAUAUAAUGGUGAAAUACACAAGCCGUAUAGAAGCUGAUAAGUCAUUGUAACCAUUAUUUCUAUCUAAUGGAAAUCCUAUAGAACAAGGAGAGCUUGAGGGUGGUAAGCAUUAUGUUGUAUGGGAGGAUCCCUUUAAGACACCAUCUUACUUGUUUGCCUUAGUAGCUGGCCAAUUGGAGAGCAGAGAUGACAUAUUUGUUACUCGCUCUGGCCAAAAAGUGUCGCUAAGGAUCUGGACCCCAGCUCAAGAUGUACCCAAGACUGCACAUGCCAUGUAUUCACUUAAAGCAGCUAAGAAGUGGGAUGAAGAUGUUUUUGGUCUCGAGUAUGACCUGGAUCUCUUCAAUAUUGCUGCUGUUCCUGAUUUUAACAUGGGAGCCAUGGAAAACAAGUCUGAAUGCAUUUUCAAUUCAAAGCUAGUUUUGGCUUCUCCAGAAACUGCUACAGAUACUAAUUAUGCUGCAAUUUUGGGUGUUAUCAGUCAUGAGUAUUUUCACAACUGGACUGGAAACAGAGUGACAUGCCGAGACUGGUUUCAGCUCAGUUCAAAGGAGGGUCUCACUGUUUUCCGUGAUCAGGAAUUUUCAUCUGACGUGGGAAGCCGUAAAGUGAAGAGGAUCGCUGAUGUUUCAAAGCUUAGAAAUUAUCAAAUCCCUCGGGAUGCUGGUCCCAUGGCUCAUCCUGUUAGGCCGCAUUCUUAUAUUAAGAUGGAUAACUUCUACACAGUGACGGUUUAUGAAAAGGGAGCUGAAGUUGUUAGGAUGUACAAAACACUCUUGGGGACUCAAGGUUUCCGUAAGGGUAUGGAUCUUUGCUUUAAAAGACAUGACGGGCAAGCAGUAACAUGUGAAGACUUUUUUUCUGCCAUGAGAGAUACAAAUGAUGCGGAUUUUGCUAAUUUCUUGCUCUGGUAUUCACAAGCUGGGACUCUGGUAGUAAAAGUUACUUCAUCCUACAAUACUGAUGCUGAUACUUUUUCUUUAAAGUUUAGUCAAGAGGUACCCCCGACUCCUGGGCAGCCUGUUAAAGAACCCAUGUUCAUUCCUGUGGCUGUUGGUUUGCUGGACUCAAGUGGAAGAGACAUACCUCUAUCCUCUGUGUAUCACAAUGGUAAACUGCGGUCUGUUGCAUGCAACAAUCAACCUGUCUUGAAUACCGUUCUUCGAGUAACUAAGGUCUGUAAAGAAUCUUCCUACGUUUCUGUUCCCAAGCUGCCACAUAUUGACAUUUAGGCUGCUAUAAUGUCUGUUGCAUAUCUUUACAGUGCUCCCAUCCGUCUUGAAUCUGAUCUCACUGACAAUGAUCUAUUUUUCCUCCUUGCUCAUGAUUCGGAUGAGUUCAAUCGGUUUGAGGCUGGACAGUUGCUGGCAAGGAAGCUCAUGCUUAGUUUAGUUGCCGUUUUCCAACAAAACAAACCAUUGGCCCUAAAUCCCAGAUUUGUGCAAGGUCUGAGAAGCAUACUCUGUGAUACAGGCUUGGAUAAGGAAUUUAUUGCAAAAGCAAUAACUCUCCCCGGUGAAGGAGAGAUUAUGGAUAUGAUGGAAGUUGCUGACCUUGAUGCUGUUCAUGCAGUUCAAACCUUCAUUAGGAAGGAGAUUGCCUCACAACUGAAAUCAGAGUUUCUAAACACGGUUAAGAACAAUAGAAGCUCAGAUGAGUUCGUAUUUAACCAUCCUAAGAUGGCUCAAUAUGCACUCAAGAAUGUUGCUCUUGAUAUAAAGGAGCUUGCCCUGCAUGAAUAUAAAGCUGCUACAAAUAUGACAGAACAGUUUGCAGCUUUGGCAGCCAUUACCCAGAAGCCUGGUAAAACUUGCAAUCACGUAUUGACAGAUCUCUAUAACAAGUGGCAACAUGACUUCCUGGUUGUAAACAAAUGGUUUGCCUUUCAAGCCAUGUCUGACAUUCCUGGUAAUGUUGAGAAUGUUCGCAACCUCUUAACUCAUCCAGCAUUUGACCUGCGUAACCCAACUAAGGUAUACUCACUCAUUGGAGGAUUUUGUGUAUCUCCUGUGAAUUUCUAUGCCAAGGAUGGAUCAGGCUACAUUAUUGGAGAAAUAGUAUUACAACUUGACAAGCUAAAUCCUCGGGUGGCCUCCUGCAUGGUGUCGGCCUUCUCAAGAUGGAGGCGUUUUGAUGAAAGCAGGCAAAAACUUGCCAAGGCACAACUAGAGAAGAUCGUGUCUGUCAACGGUUUAUCAGAAAACAUAUUCAAGAUUGCUUCAAAGAGCUUAUCUGCUGCCUUAAAUUAACUUUUGCUGCUAUCCCUUGUUAUAGACAAAUAGAAAGAACUUCAUAUAGAAUAUGCAGCAACAAUUUGUUCUGUUUUUUCAGUGAUUGGAGUGUAACAAGACUCAUAGAUUAUGAACUGAAACUGCAUAAAUCUAUUGAGCUUUUGUUUUAGAAUUAUUAUUGAAAGAUCUUGUAUUUAUUCUGUUUUCCAA